GACAAGGGCGAUAGCGUUCUUGCAGCCGCCCCCCAACCCAGCGCAGCCCAGCCGUCGUACGCUGUCUGAAUCCCCUUCGCUCCUUCGCCUCCGGCGAUAAUUCGCUGCCAGUCGAGGCCAACCCCACUUCCCGAUUCGCUCGAUCGCAAGCGCCGAGGGAACCAUGACUUUCGCGCGCGCCUCCCUCGACCGAUCGAUCCUCCAAUCCCCCGAUCUCCUCCGCCGACGCAACCCCGUCUGGGAACGACCGCCGUCGUCGCUUGUCAAGCUCCCCCGCGGCGGCGCGGGAAUCGCGGCUGGCCUGAACCUGGAGGUGAAGGAGCCUCGCGCGCCGCCUCGGAAUGUAGGGUUUGGUGACAACAGCAAGGGGGUGAUGGCGGCGGAAGGCGAAGUCCUCGUGGGCACCUACGCCAGAGCUCCCGUCGUGCUCGUCAGCGGCCGUGGUUGUAAGUUGUACGACGUGGAGGGGCGCGAGUACUUGGACUUGAGCUCCGGGAUUGCGGUGAACGCGCUCGGCCACGGGGACCCCGACUGGGUGAACGCCGUGGUGGAGCAGGCCAACACCCUGACUCAUGUCAGCAACGUGUAUUACUCUGUUCCACAGGUAGAGCUUGCUAAGCAUCUUGUCGCCAGUUCUUUCGCUGACCGUGUGUUUUUCACAAAUUCUGGGACGGAAGCAAAUGAAGCGGCCAUAAAAUUUGCUAGGAAAUUUCAGAGACACACACACCCUGAUGAAAAAGAGCCGGCCACUGAGUUCAUUUCGUUCACAAACAGUUUCCAUGGAAGGACAAUGGGCGCUCUCGCUUUGACAAGCAAAGAGAAUUACCGAACACCUUUCCAACCUGUCAUGCCGGGAGUCACUUUUGUGGAGUAUGGAAACAUAGAGGCCACAAAAGAGAAAAUUAAGCGUGGGAAGACUGCAGCUGUUUUUGUGGAACCGAUCCAGGGUGAAGGGGGCAUAUACAGUGCGACCAGGGAGUUCUUACAAUAUCUGCGAAGUGCUUGUGAUGAUGCUGGUGCUCUUUUGGUUUUUGAUGAGAUUCAAUGCGGUUUGGGUCGCAGUGGUUACCUCUGGGCCUACGAAGCCUAUGGUGUUUAUCCUGACAUAAUGACACUUGCUAAGCCUCUUGCUGGAGGGCUUCCCAUUGGUGCCGUUCUGGUUACUGAAGAAGUUGCUUCUGCCAUGAAAUAUGGAGAUCAUGGGAGCACAUUUGCAGGUUCGCCUCUCGUAUGUAAAGCUGCACAAGCUGUCCUAGAUAAAAUCUCGAAACCCGAUUUCUUGGCCAGCGUGAGGAAGAACGGAGAAUAUUUCAAGCAAAAGCUAGAGCAGAAACUUGGAGGGAACUCCCAUGUGAAAGAAGUGCGCGGUCUUGGGUUAAUCAUUGGGAUUGAGUUGGAUGUAUCUGCCUCGCCACUAGUUGACGCUUGUCGAAAUUCAGGCCUUUUAGUUCUCACUGCUGGAAAAGGGAACGUUGUGAGGCUUGUACCUCCAUUGAUUAUAACUGUGGAGGAGUUGGAUGAGGCAGUUGAGAUCUUGUUCAAUGCUCUGCCCGCACUUGAUGAGAACAGUUCGAAUUAGCGGGGCAGUCACUGCAGACUAGAAGCUCCCAGAGGAUUAUUCGUUCUGACGUUAGGAAAAGCAGAACUUGUGAAUGUGUGUCUAGAAAAGCUAUAUAUUGUUAACUUUAGAUGCUCUGAAAAUGAUGUGAGAAGAAUCAUUCUAGUGCUUCUGUAUGUUUAAAAACGAGUCAUUUAAAUUGAAAUGAUCAUUGCAUUGCUAUCUUGUUUGUCUGUCAAUGACACGUUCGUGGAGAUGACAAAAGGCCAUGUUAGUACUCAGGGAAA